UCCAUUUUCUUCUUUCAUCUUCUUUUUCCCAUCCUCAAACUUUCCUUUCCCUCAAUCCAAUGGAACUGAGAUUCAUCUUCUCACUUUCCUUCUUGUUACUAUCUUCAACAUCAUUCAUAACAGAAUCAAAGUGUAACAAAGGUUGUAACUUAGCUCUAGCUUCUUACACCUUAACUAAUGAUGUCAACCUCACAUAUAUUUCAAACAUUAUGAAAUCUAAUGUUCUUAGAAAACCACAAGACAUCAUCAUCACCAACAACAAAAGCAAAAGCAAAAGAGUCAAUGUUCCUUUCCCUUGUGAUUGUAUCAAUGGAGAGUUUCUUGCUCAUACUUUUGUAUAUCAGUUUCAGCCAGGUGAAACAUAUACAUCAGUUGCAGAAGAUGAUUUUUCCAAUUUGACAACUGAUGUGUGGCUGCAAAACUUCAACAUUUAUAGACCAACAAAUAUUCCUGAUUUUGGAAUGAUUAAUGUUUCUGUUAAUUGUUCUUGUGGGAACAGAAAGGUUUCUAAGGAUUAUGGUUUGUUUAUCACAUAUCCACUUAGAAGUGAGGAUACUUUGGAGUCUAUUGCAAAGGAUACCGAGAUUGCGGCUGAUUUGUUGCAGAGGUAUAACCCUGGUGUGAAUUUCAGCCAAGGAAGUGGUCUUGUUUUUAUUCCAGGGAAAGAUCAAAAUGGAAGCUAUAUGCCCCUUCACUCGAGCACAAUAGGAAUUGUGGCUAUUGUUGGAAUAUCUGUUGGAGUACUAGCAGGACUUUUAUUAUUGUCAAUUUGUGUUUAUAUUAAAUAUUACCUAAAGGAAAAGGCAUGGAAGAAAAAAAAUUUGAUCUUGGAUGAUCCAAACAUGAACUCAGAUCAAACUGGUACUCACAUCACAGGCAUUAUAGUGGAAAACUCACUAGAGUUUUCAUACGAAGAACUAUCCGUUGCUACAAAUAACUUCAGUGAGGAUAAUAAAAUUGGUGAAGGUGGUUUUGGAGAAGUCUUUUAUGCCGAGCUGAGAGGACAGAUAGCCGCUGUCAAGAAGAUGAAGAUGAAAGCAUCAAAAGAAUUUUAUGCUGAAUUGAAAGUCUUAACUCGUGUUCAUCACUUGAACCUGGUAAGGCUGAUUGGAUAUUGUGUUGAAGGUUUUCUCUUCCUUGUCUAUGAAUACAUUGACAAUGGAAACUUAAGUCAAAAUCUUCGCGAUUUAGAGAGAGAACCUUUGCCAUGGUCUACAAGGAUGCAAAUCGCUCUUGAUUCAGCUCGAGGUCUUGAAUAUAUUCACGAGCAUACCGUGCGUGUAUAUAUCCAUCGCGACAUAAAGUCAGAAAAUAUUUUAUUAGACAAAAACUUUCGUGCAAAGGUUGCAGAUUUUGGAUUAUCCAAACUUGCUGAUGUUGAAAAUUCAACUUCAUCUGCUAUAGUUGCGGAGGGUACAUUCGGUUACAUGCCACCUGAAUAUGCGCAUGGUGGUAUCGCUCUUUCUACAAAAAUAGAUGUCUAUGCAUUUGGAGUUGUUCUAUAUGAACUAAUUUCUGCUAAUCAAGCUGUAAUCAAUGAUGGUCCUGAAGUAAAAGGCCUCGUAGCUUUGUUUGACGAGGUGUUUGAUCAUGAACCGAAUCCGACAGAAGCUCUGAAAAAUCUGGUGGAUCCUAGACUUGGAGAUAACUACUCAAUUGAUUCAGUUUACAAUAUAGCAAAACUAGCCAAAGCAUGUACAAUGAAGGAUCCGCAAUUACGUCCAAGCAUGAGAUCUGUUGUGGUUGCUCUUAUGACACUAACUUCUACUACUGAGGAUUGGAAUAUUUCAUCAAUUUUUGAAAAUCCAGCUUUUGUAAAUUUAAUGUCCGGAAAAUAGUAGUACACGAAUAAAUUAUGAGGCAUCACCAUUUCAUUGUUUUAUUGCCAAAAUCGUAGUAGUACGUACAUUUCAAACUAGGAACACGAGUAAAAUGUCAAAUUGUCCGGUUGUAUUCUACUGAGCUUUGACUGAUUCCGAUUCCUCCACAACCCUUGUAGGCCUCAGUAACCUUGAUAAAUAUUCGACUAA